AUGUCGCUCAGAACCUAUUUGUUGGUGCCUCUUGUGGCUCUCCUAGCCACUCAGACGCUUGCUCACGGUGGCCAUGACGAGGUCCCCGAAGGCGAGGCUAUUUCUACAGAACCGAUAAUUACUCGAUCGCGAUGGCAUGUCCCCGUCCAGGUUGUCGCAACCGUCAUAGCCGUGCUUGCAUAUUUUAUGGGCCAUGCUCAUAAAGGACGCCAAUUUGCGACGAAUGUUCAUGCGAAAUUUGCCAAUGUCUUGAUGCUCCUGUUGAUUAUUCAAGUCGCACUUGGUGUUUACUUGAAACUUCAUCUCGAAAGGGGCUUCCAAGGUCGAAUUCGCCGGUAUUUCGUGAUCGGGCAUGGCGUGGUGGGCAAAGCGAUGCCUAUUGUCAGCUGGGUGCAAAUCUUGUUUGGUGGCAUUGCAUCAAUGGGCUUCUGUCGCGAUGACCAUCUCGGUCAGUGUCUUGCACAUUUCAUUAUGGGAAGUGCCUUUAUUGCCUAUGGUAUCGUGAUGACAAUCUUGCUUCUUGUGGGACAGUUCUGGCUUCGCCGCACUGGCCGAAGUCAGGAAUUUUUCGACUCGCUUAUCAUUGCUAUUUGGGGCUGUAUCAACACAUUCACCGAGCAUCGAUGGGGCACUGCAUGGGUCCACAACGAUCUGCAGCACACUUCCAUGGGUAUUGUUUGGUGGUGUGCUGGGUUGUUGGGUAUGUGGCUAAGUCGCAAGAGGAAUGGACGUCCCAAGCGCAACCUUGUUCCGGCAAUUGUCAUUCUGUUGACGGGAUAUGCCAUGUCGGCCCAUCCCCAAACCCUACCUUUGAGUACCAUGGUCCAUACAGUGUUUGGAUAUACGCUCAUGGCGGCUGGUCUGACUCGUAUUGUUGAGAUCUCUUUCGUCCUCAAGGACCGAUCGACUCUCAGCGCUGAUGGGUCGGAUCCUCACAGCUUCCAAUAUCUUCCCCCAUUUCUUCUAUAUGCUUCCGGCUUCUUGUUCAUGGGCGCCACCGAAGAGCAGAUGCAGCUUCUCAGCGAUGCUGGCGUUACCCAUGUUUCUUACAUCUUGAUUCUAUACAGCGUCGCAUUUAUUCUUUUCCUCUUCGUAAACAUCCUCCUUCACAUCUAUGCAGUCCAGGCGUUCCCCGAGUCAACCAGCAGCACUCAUGGUCAAUUCAUGCCCAAGCUCCGUCGCGAAGAUUCAUCAUCAUCAUACACAGUAGUCAACGACGGAUUCGCCAAUUCCAGCGGCAGCGGCAUGAACGGCCAUGCUCGUUCACGCUCAGAAGCACAGCGCAUCCAAGACGCCGAAGCCUUCGAAUUGCAAGGACUCAUUUCGGAAGAUGAGGUCGAGAACAACUCGAAUCAUUCUCUUCGCAAGGAAACUGCUGAUGAUGACGAGGAGGGCGAUCUUGCUGUUUCCAGUACAGAAGAUAUCUAG